AUGUAUGCCUGCGAAUUGCCUCCCUGCGUCUAUAAACUCCGUCAGGCUCUAAUCCUUGUAUUUUAUGUCUUGAUUGUACAUCAGGAUAUUCCGUUUAGAUCGGCACAUAAACACGACGGUUUUGCAAGAAGUGAAGAAGAGCCUGAACUAGACGCAUGCAUGUCUAUUGCCGAUACGAACAAAGAUCAAGCAUCGUGUGAUGGGUGCAUGGCUGUACAGCCGUGGGAUCAGCCAACCAAAAUCAAGGCAAGUCAUUCAAACCACAGGCUCUCUUUACUGCCAAUUAAACUGCCCAACGUGCUCAAAUGGUACGUUGUGUGA